AUGUUUCUCAUGACAUCAACUCCUCUUCUGCUUGUCAUUGGCCUGGUCCGGGAAGGCCUUGCCUUGGCGUCUGAAUACAACUUCGGGGGCUUCGAGGCAGAUCCGGCCUGCACAAAGGACGACAAGAUCUAUCUGGUCAGCAUGUACGCACACUUUGAUCGGGGAACAAUAGAUGCAAUCUUCUCUGCAUUCUCCGACUGCAAGGACGAGAGAGAGGCUGUUGAGCACUACCUGAAAAGCAGGGUGAUAGGACCCUACAACGACUAUCUGUCGAAGUUCAAGGUGAAGAUUGGGUUUGAUGCAAAGGACUACGACGUCAACGAGCUCGUGCCAACGAAGAGGUUCGACAGCUCCUGCGAGCUUGUGGAGCCUGUGGGCACAAGGACAAGUGCUGUGCACAACCACCUCCUCAAUACAUACAAGGACAGGAAGAUAGGAAUCCAUCUGUUCCUGUGGAGCUGCCCAACCCACAAUGAAAACAUAAUGGACAAGAUAGUGAUCGGAGAGCCCAAGGAGUGUGCAAGGUCGAUAGGUGUGUUGUGGAGGGGAACAGAAGAGACAAUAGACUUCAUCAAGUCAGGAAUAUCCGAGGCCAUUUCAGGGGCAAAGGAUCUGUUUCUCAACCAAGGGUUCCCGAGUCCUAGGGACGAGGACAAGCUUUCCUAUGUCUGCCAGCAUGUGGAUACAUGCAUAGCUUCCAAGCCCAGUGUCAACGGAGCGAUAAUCUUUGGGAUUGACGAGACAAGCGAUGACGCCAUUUCCACACACAUCGAUGUGGACACCCAUCCAAGCGACGUGUACAUCCCACCGCAGAGGGGAGCAAGGGCACAGAGAGUAAUAUAUGUCAAUGAGCCCUCGGACUCUGUCGAUGACGAGUGCAAGUACUAA